AUGGAACUUUUCACAACUGCAGAGCUCGCUGAGCUAUGCUAUAGAGGACGCGAGUUAUUAUGGACGGAGCCGUUGUGUCUUCAACUAAAGGCGCCGAUAUGUGUAUUCGGUGACAUUCACGGACAAUUUGAUGAUCUUCUCAGCAUGUUUGAUCUCAAUGGAUGGCCGUUGACCAAAGAGGAAUAUGGUCAGCUGAAGGAAAAAGCCAAUAAGACGAAUGCUGCUCGAAGCAAAUUGUCUAUUGUGAAAUCGCCGUUUGAAGAAGUCCCGAAAAGCGAUUUUUGCAUGAAAAAAUUCAAAGAUGCUCCGGCUCGUUACCUAUUUUUGGGCGAUUAUGUGGAUCGAGGGCCAUACUCGAUUGAAGUCGUCACACUUCUAAUUGCAUUGAAACUUAAUUACCCGAAUCGUAUAUUUAUGUUACGCGGAAAUCACGAAUCUCGGCCGGUCAAUAAACAUUAUGGAUUUUAUCGAGAAGUCAAAUAUAGAUAUUGCAAAGAGCUGUAUGAGUGUUAUCAAGACAUGUUCAACAUGCUACCAGUGACAGCCGUCGUAAAUGAUACAAUAAUGUGCAUGCACGGUGGAAUCAGUAGUCAUUUGACAGCAUUUGAGCAAUUCGACGUUUUUCAACGGCCGCUGGAAAUUCCAGAUGUUGGAAUAAUCGCGGAUCUUACAUGGGCUGAUCCGGAUCCCAGUGUUGAAGAAUAUCAAGCAUCGCCUCGCGGAGCAUCUUUUGUGUUUGGGAGUGUGGCUCUUCGAGCAUUUUUGAAAAAGCUAGGUCUUCAAUUAAUUGUCAGAGCGCAUCAGGUUGUCGAAGAUGGAUAUGAAUUUUUUGACGAACGCCGUUUAGUCACCAUAUUCUCUGCUCCAAAUUAUUGUGGGCAACAGGAUAAUACGGCGUCAAUAUUGAUAAUCGAUGAGAGUUUGGAACUGAGUUUUCAUUUGUACCGACCUGAGGCAAGAGAGCUCGAACGCUUAAAACCACCAGAACAGCAAGGCAAAAAAGAGGAAUAA